CUCUCCCCCCUCGAACUCCGGCGAUGCUCCUACUCCUCUCCUGCCGCCCCUCCCCCUCUCCCUGCCUCCCCCUCCGCCGCCUCCUACGAUGCUGCUGCACCUCUUCCUCCGUCUCCGCCCCCUCCCCUAUCGCUCCGUAUCACCAAUCCUUCGCCCGUCGCAUGGCCCUCGCCGGCAUCCACCCCGAACAUCGCAUUGCGGUUGGGGUCUCCGGCGGACCUGACUCCAUGGCGCUGUGCGUGCUCGUGGCAGCGUGGAAGAAGGCGGUGGAUGGCGAGCCGGGGAGGAAGUCCGGGGAAGAUGGCUCCGUCGGCCCGGGUUUCGUGGACGGCCUCCUGGGGGUCGUUGUCGACCAUGGGCUGCGGCCGGAGAGCGCGGAGGAGGCACAGGUAGUGCGUGACCGUGUGCACGGCAUGGGUGUAUUGUGUGAAAUUGCUAAAUGCGAAUGGCCAAAUGGGCGACCAAAGCUAGGACAUCUUCAAGAGGCGGCCCGCGAAAUUAGGUACCAAAAACUGUUGGACAUUUGUAUAAAGCAACGAAUAGGAGUCUUGCUUAUUGCACAUCACUCUGAUGAUCAGGCCGAGCUCUUUGUUCUGAGACUAUCUCGCAACAGCGGGGUUCUAGGGCUUGCUGGUACAGCAUUUGUGUCCCAAUUGUUUGCACCUAAUUUGAAAUAUGAUGGACAUAAUUUUAGUCGCUAUGGCAUCCUUCUUGUUCGCCCCAUGCUUGAAUUUUCAAAAGACGACAUGUAUAAGAUAUGUCAAGGAAGUAAUAAUUUGUGGGUUGAAGAUCCAACAAAUACUAGUAUGCAGUAUGCUAGGAAUCGAAUUCGGGCAUCUUUGAAAUGUUUAUCUGCAGAAGGUACCUUUCUGUCAGAACUUCAGAGAUUGAUCUAUGCAUGCCAGUUGACACGAGCACAUGUCGACAAUACCUGCAGUUUGGUCGUCAAGAAGUCCGUAACAAUAACGGAGUAUGGCUAUAUUGUCAUUGACCUGGAGAAACUUGACCCACAGAAUGUUGAUGAUCUUUGUCUUUCACGAUAUUUAGCCUGUGUAUUACAGUUUGUCUCACAAAGGCACAGGCCAAUUCGUGGCAGAUCUGCUCAGUUGUUCAUGGACUACAUCCGUAAUACACCUUGCAAGGGUGCCCUUACUGUAGCUGGUUGUUAUCUUUGUGCUUUUCCGGGAUCUAAAGGUGCGAAAAUAUUAGUCUGUUGCUCUGUUGACUUGAUGGAGUCAUUUUCUGCUGAGAUGUCCUAUAAGUGUUCCUACGAAGAACAGCCACCACCAGUGCCGGAGAUUGAGCAGAUAGUACUUGAAGCACACUCAUACUCUAACCAAUUUCUACAGUGCACAAACAUACCUUUCGUAAAUUAUAGAUCUUCUAGUGAUGUUCUGGAUAGAGCGAAGGAUCUCAAUAUAAUAGGUGAUUCUACAUUAGAAAAACUCACCUACCUGCAAACAGAAGAACUUCAGAAAUUUACUACAACAAAACAUAGACACGAAGACCAAUACUUGGAGAAAACAAGCUUUCGUGAUUCAAAAGUUCUCUGCCUCUGGCCUGGUGAAACGUGUCACUUUUUGAGCAGGUUCUUGAUUACAUGGAAUGCUUUGAAAGUUCUUGCGAAUGGAAUAUGUUCACAUGACAGUAAAAAAAGUCUAUGCCAGCAUUGCGUAGUGAAUGAGGAUGGAAGUCUUACAGUUCGGCGCAUGCAUGAUACCGAUUGGUUACUCCUUGCUGAAGUUUCUAAAAUCCAUUCAGUCGAACAGAACCAGAAUGUCUCAAAAGUUCUCAGUAAGAAACUGGACGAUGAUGAACUCCUGAAUCACUAUAGGUAUUUGCAAUUGUCAGCAACAAAAGCCAUUGAGAUCCUGAGAUCUAUUCCAGCUUCUGCAAGACGAACACUGCCAGUACUUACCAAUUCUCAAGGUGACAUACUGAGCAUACCGAGCAUUGGCUUCCGAUGUUGCCCUAGCCUAUCAAUCAAAGCAGUAUUUCAUCCAAGAGUACCACUUGGUGGGGGAUAUGUUUCGUAUUUAUGAUGGUUUGAGCUUUACUUUUGGCAAAAAUCGAAAUAUCAAGCACAUAUGUGCUGUUGAGAUGCUGAACGACUCCAAUUAAACUGUCCAAACCUUGGCAACUCUGAGUGCUAACUGCUAAAUGAAUAGUUUCUGCAUCCCGGUGUCGAACUUGGAUUGCUAUAGAUCAUAUGCCUGAGGAACGUCCUCUUUUGGCGCAAUAGUUUGAACUUAUGUAUGUGAGGUCAAGAUUCAAGGUGUAUAAUAGUUCAAAAGACACACUGGCAAGCUUAAUUAGAAUGGGAAUACCAAAUGAAAUAUCCAGUUGCUUUGAUGAAUCUCUACAGCAAUUAGAGGUGAAGUUGGUCCUGUUGUGCUUGUAAAUAUUUAUCUCUUCAAUGAAGUUCUACAUACUGUCCUGGACUCUCUUGGAUUUGAUACGGACACCUGCUAAACACUGGGCGGUGAAACUUGCAAUCUGACGGUUGGUUUGGGAAAGAAGACCAUGUAGAUAUGACAAUAUCAACUUCAGCUCUAACCGCUGUGGGUUUGUGGAUGCUGAUUGGUGUUCAGCAUGACAAAAAUAGCAACUUCAGCUCUAACCGUUGUGGGCUCGUGGAUGCUGAUUGGUGUUCAUGUUGAAGGCACUGUCGAAGUGCUGAUGAUUUUGUUGGCAAUUUGGUUUUGCCAACAGGGCAGGUGCCAGAUGUGCAGAUCGUCAAAGAUAAUCAGAGGAGGUUGAGCUACAAGAUAUUGCUCACAGGGGUGAGAGUUAUCAGUAUUUUAAACUUAAUGCCAUGGGCACAUAUUAUCCGCUGGGUUGCUCUCUGAUGAUAUUAUAACAUGCCUAUCUCUACUGAAACUUGAGAAGAGAAAUUUUAAAUAUGCGCAUUACAUCUUACUCUACUUUAGAAACUAAUACAAUUUCUUGGAGUUCGUAUACCAAUUGGGAUGUGCAGUUUGCCGAGUAAUGCAAAAUAGCCAGGCAUUGUGCAUGUAUGAUUCAAAUGCAAAUGUUGAGCUUUUAGUUUCCGUUCCCUCCAA